AUGGCUCAUCCGCGACAGUCUGCCUUGCAAGACUUCCGUUUCCACUAUAGGCCAAUACAGGAUGCCAUCAAUGGUGUUCGUAUACCCGACUACCUUGGACUGGAGGUCGUUCAGCUCUGUGUCAUUGCGGGUAUUCGUCGACAUCCAGACUUUGGCCAUGACCUUCGAGGUCUUACGCCUCGCUUCACUCGCGCACUCAACGCUCAAGCUAUCAUGUAUAACAGAGAUAUCCCUGACAUGAACGACCCAGAAGAAUUUCCGUACUGCAUAUGGUAUCCUUCGACGCCCGAUCGCGAUACAUGCCGGAAGCUGAUCACCAAGUAUCCGCGGAUGAAAUAUCAAAUUGGCCGGGUUUGUGCCGUGGCGAACUAUGACGAUCUCUAUAAAGAACUGGAUAUUCUGCCUGAAGUAGGCAUUGCUGAGGAAGCUCGUGAGAACGGAAGCGAGGCCAUCUAUUCGGCGAUUGUCAAACAGCCUGUCAAGUACGCUGUAUUCAACGACUACUCGAACUCCCUCGUCUUGGAGAACCCACCGAUUUCUCUGAUGAACGGCAACACUUGUGUGACGGCACUCCUGGAGUCGAAACAACGAUUCAAGCGACCAAAAGCAAAGUCUACAUGGGAGUACGACCGCAACGGGUUUGAGAGCCGGUUGUUCGACAUCUGCGAGGACAUGUCAGUGGACCUCAAGCGGAGCGAGCCUCGCUCAGUCGAUCAAUCAGUGGUUAUACCACUACUCUAUUCUCCACUUCCAGCAGAUCUUCCCACAGUCGACAAAGACAUGCUCAUAUUGUCAGCGGCUUACCACGGCAAUAUUGAUCGAUACAUGCGCCUGCGACGUCCACAAAAGAUUAAAGGCGAACUCGAGUGCUUGAUCCGAGGUAUCUACCAUGAUCCGUUGUUUGCCAAGUUCUGGUCACUUCAACCAGCUACCGAGAUAAACCACUGGCGCAUACGACGGGCAAUCAAUGCCCGUUUCAUCAUGACGAAUGAUCUAUCACGAAUCACGCCCACAACUCCCUGGGACGAGUUGCCCUAUUGUAUAUGGUUCCCACAGGCCGCUUAUCCGGACGUCUAUGAAGAACUAGCACGGCUGCGGCCUGAGAUGAAGUUGCAGGCGGCGCGGGCAUGUAUAGUCGCCAACUACCAGUCAACCUUCGAGACAAUCGAUCCCCCACACGAUGCCGCCCUUGUGAGAGAAGCUGAACAAUCUCCCAACCCAUUCUUUCUGAAGUAUCUCCAAGCCAAAGAAGCACAAGGCGAUGUCGCAGAGGAAAUCCCUGGGUUUGAGUACUGGAAGUUCUUCACUAUCAAGCACGCAUUCAAACCAUCCACGUCUUACAUCUCGGAUGAGCUCGUUGCAUCUAGCAUUGGAACCACCCAAAGUUGGAUCUACGACGGCGUUGAAGCGGACAUGUCGGAUGUGGAGGUUAAUGUCUGUACGUCUGAAGAAGUAAAGCAGAGUGGCGUCAGGGAUGUUAUGUACAGAUAUCCUUCCCACAAGAUAGAUGUGUUAGUUCCAUGA